GAAUUACGAACCAAAACAGCUAGAAAUUUCAGGAAAGAAUCAUCUCAUUUGGCAUUCAAACUUAUCCAAUUACAGCUUCGUCUCAUUUUCUGUAAGAUUCGCUUCAAGCUAAAAAGAAUUGUUUUUAGAUUAGCAACAGCUCUCUACGAUGGUUGAUUUGCACAUUAAAGUUUUGCAACUGUGGAUAAUUGGUGUCACUUGUGUAAUGACUCAGGGAUUGGAGCAUUCGAAUGUAACGCCCGACAACGCAAGCAAAUUCAAAUUGACAACAAUACCUGAUCUCUUGUCCAAAGAUAAACAGAGCAAGGAAGUGGACAAAAGUGUCGCGAGUGAUUCCAAUUCUGAAAGUCUGUCGGGGGAAAUAGAUUCAGCUGUCCAACAUGAAAUCAUGGUCAACUAUCCAAGUUCGACUCAAACUCAAGUAUCCAGCUACCGUAUACCACGAGAACAUAUUCCAAGAUCUAAUUCUUUUGUUUACCCGAAAAAGAAGAGCAGGAAGAUUCGCCCUGGUCAAUAUGUCAGUAAAGGUCAAACGAGUGGUAAAAACAAGAAUAGGAAAUCAUGGUCAGAUUACAUUAAAAGCGCUAUUGACUCAAGUGACUCAAACGUUGCUUGGAGUUACUGGGAGUAUGAAGACGAAGAACCAGAUGAUGCUGAUGAUAGCAAAAUGACCACAAAAACAAAAGCAGCAGCAACAACAACACCAUCAACAACGACGACUACAACGACAACUACAUCCACAACCGCGGCACCAACAACAACAACAACAGCAAAAGACAAAACUACAUCAUCCGUUACCGUACACAAGCACUUUCACUAUUUUAAGAAACCAUCACCAUGGGCUGGGGAUCCAUGGAAAGGCGAUAAAGCCAUGGCUACAUCGGCUCCAUCACCACCUCCCAUGCCCAUGGAAGAAAUGAUGAAAAUGACCGAUGAUAUGAUGGAAGAGAUGAUGAUGAAAGGAAUGAUGAUGAUUCCUUCUCACGAUGAUCAGGAUAAGAAGAAGGGAGGGAUUUCUGGCAUAUUCGAUAAAUUGUCAAAAGUGGAACCCAUCACUAUUUUGGUGGCUGGAAUUAUUCCAGCUAGUUUAAUUUUAGCCGCAGCUUUGCCAUCUGUUAUGAGCAAGAUGAUGCCCGUGAAAGGGGAUACUAGCAUGCCAAUGAUGCCCACGAUUAUGACCACAGCAGUGGGCAGUGACGGUGGUAUGGAUAUGACGGGAUCGCGUUCUAAUAUGGGAGCUGAUUCCUUGUCGUCGAUUCUCGAAGCAGUUGGCGAUUUUGGUUUAAAAGCGCUAGAAAAACCUCACUGUGCCCGGAUGAUGUUCUGUAGACUGGCUGCUGAAAAUUUGAUUGCAGAAUCUCCCAUCAUGCAAAGAGCUGUACACUUGGCUACAGUAGCAAUGGAAGAUUCUUGGUUGCAGUAUAUGGGAGUUCAAAGUCUAUUAAAGUCUCUAAACGAUGGUACUUGUAAUCAGGCAGAUUGUGAUCCAGAGUUUAUAGCUAGUAAUUUAGUCGCUACCUGAUCAAAAAUCUUCUCCAAUUUUCAGCUGUUCUUGAAUGACUUAUGUGUUUUUUUUUGGCCAAAUUUCCUACUAUAUAAUAUCAGCUACAUUCAUUUUAUUUAUAUUUAAGAAAUACAUGUUGUCAUUUUCAUUAUGUUUUGUAAUGUGUAAUUUUGUAUUAUAAGCAGUACUGAUUAAUAA